AGCACACUGUAUAUUCAAACAAAAAUGUAGCAAGGUUUAUGCCUAAAACCAAAUUGAAAGCAUGCAUUUAAAGAUGCUUAGACAUUUUUUUACAGAGAAAAACACAGAUUUGUAUUUAUUUUAUUUGCAGUGCAGGUUUGGGAAUAGAAGCACACACUUGCAUUUUCAUCACAGAGUAUUGCACUGAGCAAGGAAUCAAAUACGAGUGCGAGCAUGCAACACCAACACAGUGUGUUUAAAUAGAAUCCAACGCAUCUCUGCAGGGACUGAUGCAUGCAUGCACCGGACGAGCCGAUCAAACAUGCCAUCGCAGGAUGGAGGGAACGACAAGAAAACAAAAGGAAGAGUGCAUCCCACUCUCCUCGUAGGAAAGGGUUAACCCCAUUACAACAGACCAAUCAGAGCGGAGAGCAACACUGCAAAACCGCCGCAGAGAGGAGGAGAGAGCGCGAGCACGCGCGGCGCAACAGAGGGGUACAUAAGCAAGACAUGGACGCAUCACAGUUGGAAGACUGCUUGUAUGCGGUCAAUACUGACAGAUAAGAAUAAAGUUAGUGAAUGAAACCGUUAACGCUGCUCUGUGUCACUCCAUUGACACUGUUGACAGGUCACGCGAACAGAUUGUCAUUGACGCUUCUGUGCGUGUUUAGAGAACGCACUGAGAUCCGAUGAAUGCAAAAGUGUGCGGGACAUGCACUUGUGGAUCUGGGAUGACACUGAUGAAGCUGUCGCUACUUUAUGUUGCGUGACAAAGGAUUGUUGAAGACUAAGAAGAGAAUUGUUUCUAAAGUGCUUCAGAAGGCCAAAGGAACACCUUCAAUACGCCCCUCUACCAUUGGGUCACGCAGUCAACUGCGGGCUGUAUUUACGAGUCGGGUUCCCACUUUUCUAGCCUGCAAGGACGUACCCUAGAGAGGAUUUUGGAGUGACUUUAUCAUUUGCCUUUGGAAACGAUGACAACUAAAGGUUACCUCCAGUGAUGGGACAGGAAAUGACAUAUGGACAGUAUACUCUGGCUCCUCAUACUCCCCUAAACAAUUCAGUGACCUUGGUUUCUUUGGCACAUGCACAUCAGGAAAAGCAAAUCAAUAUGGAUUUAUCGCCGUCAAGGGCCAAUAAAUGUGUAGUAACAGGAAUACAUCACUAAAGGAAAGGCAUAGCAGUUCUAAGUUUCUAUUUUUAUCCAACCAUGUUGCCAGAUUUCUUUCCAACCCAACUUCUAGCUAUUUUAUAGUUUGAUUUAGCGCUGUGUCCAGUCUAUCAGGUCAGCUAGUUUAUACACAGGUGAUGGUGUGGACAAUUUAUCUCUGAAUCGUUCACCAUUUUCCAGGACCAGAGAGAGAGAGAGAGAGAGAGAGAGAGAGAGAGAGGAGAGUACAAGAGAGAAAGUAUGAAAAAGCUGGCAUUAACUCUGGACAUGGCACUGGACCAAACAUAUCGUUUGAUUUGACAAAAUAAAAGAAGGUGCUGGCGAACUGUCUUUAUGACCAUAAAGCUGAGUGAAUUCUCUGCUGGAUUAUGAGGAUUAAGAAAUGCAGAAUGCUUCCAUGAAAGGCCAUGCCUGGGACUGAUGUACAACUUGUACCCCUUCCAGACUCUCCCGUCUUCACAGCCGACUCCUGAGGCUGAGAAAGAAGCUGGAAGGGAAGGGAUUCACCAUCCAUCCUCACAGUGAUGAAUGAAACAUAGCACUAACGAUGCAGUCACAUUCCCAAAAGGAGCAAUCCAUCACUGCACUACAAAUGAAAAUGCAUUGUGGAGAAGAAAUGUAACCGAUAAUGCACGCCCCUCCCGCAACAGAGGAAAAAAGCACCAUGAGUAACAUAACCGUCCUUGACAUCACAGAGUCCGUGAGUCCUGCCAUGAUGGCAGCCGGCCCCUACCCCUACCCACUCAGCUUCCAGGUCUCCCUGACCGGGUUCCUCAUGCUGGAGAUCGUACUGGGCCUGAGCAGCAACCUGACGGUCCUGGCCCUCUACUGCAUGAAGUCCAACCUGGUCAACUCCGUUAGCAACAUCGUCACCAUGAAUCUCCAUGUGUUGGAUGUGUUGGUGUGUGCAUGCUGCAUACCCCUAACUAUUGUCGUAUUGAUGCUUUCACUACAAGGCGACACGGUCCUCGUUUGUUGCUUCCAUGAGGCUUGCGUGUCCUUCGCCAGCGUGGCUACGGCAGCCAAUGUGCUAGCCAUCACUUUAGACCGAUAUGACAUCUCUGUCAAACCAGCCAAUCGAGUACUGACUAUGGGACGGGCAGUGGCCCUGUUGGGUUGCAUUUGGGUACUAUCUUUCAUCAGCUUCUUGGUGCCAUUUAUCGAGGUGGGUUUCUUGGGACCAGAACCCACUAAAGCCAAUCAGACCGCUGUAGUACACGUUAACGAGUAUUACACUGAACUGGGACUAUACUACCACCUAGUGGCUCAGAUCCCAAUUUUCUGUUUGACUGCUAUCAUUAUGUUGAUGACGUACGCCAAGAUCUUGCAAGCACUCAACAUCCGGAUUGGUGCGCGCUUCCACGCUGUGCAGAAAAAGAAGAAAAUGAGACGAAAAAACAACGUUUCGCUUAUGUCGACGUCCGAGCAGCAGCUACCCGAGAUCACGGAUGCAUCGCAAAGCGGUGUUGGUAACCGGGGGAAUGCACCGCUAGGCAUGCGCACGUCAGUGUCAGUGAUUAUUGCCCUAAGACGGGCCGUGAAACGCCACCGGGAGCGUCGGGAGCGUCAGAAGCGUGUUUUCCGCAUGUCGCUCCUCAUAAUCUCCACGUUCCUCCUAUGCUGGACACCCAUCACCGUUUUAAACACUGUGAUUCUCAGUGUAGGUCCCAGCGACCUCACCGUCAAACUUCGACUAGGCUUCCUAGUCAUGGCGUACGGCACCACGGUCUUCCAUCCCCUCCUCUACGCCUUCACGAGGCAGAAGUUCCAGAAAGUUCUGAAAAGUAAACUGAAGAAACGCGGUGUGUCUAUUAUCGAGGCAGAUCCACUGCCGAACAACGCGGUCAUACGAAACUCUUGGAUCGACCCCAAGCGGAACAAGAAAGUGACAUUCGAUGAUCACGAAGCGAGACAAAAAUGUCUGUCGUCGGAAGAUGCGGACUGAACGUGGCACUAUAUUGCACAGACUAGUUCUCAGACAUGUUGUUGUUAAGCUUAAUCAACAACAUUUGUGGCAUAAUGUUGAUUAACACAAAAAAUUAUAAUAAUAAAUAAUAUUUACAGAUUGCCCCAUUCACUUCCAUUAUAUCCCUCAGUGUAACAUUGAUUUUGACUUUUUUUAAAGGAAGGACGAGUCGAAAAAUGUUUUUGUUGUAAUCAACAUUAUGCCACAAAUGCUGUCGAUUGAGCUCAACUUCUAUUGAACCCAGAAUAUUCCUUUAAAGCACUGAUAUAUAUAAAAAGGAACCUUGUGAUGUGAAUAUAAAGGCCAAAGUAAACGUUUGUUUUCCACAUGCCGCAUAGAUUAUCUGACGCAAAUUUUGUCAUCAGUACAUUAUGCAUACAUCAAACGCAUCCAUUUGGACUCGUGGACAAAAGAGUAAACUUUGAAAGGCUGAGCGUUUGAGCAUGCGCGAGACGGAACGGCAUGCGGAAAAACGAAGUAUUUCAUGGCCUUUAGCCUUAAAGGGGAAGUGUGCAUUUCUUCGCCAUUAGCUUCACCAAACAGAAUAGCAAAAAUAACGAGCGUUUUCAAACAGCUUUCCAGAACACUCCCUCCGUGUGCCAUUGGUUGAUUUAGUCGCGACCCAAACUUGCGCCAUUGGUUGAGCCAAUUUUGCUAUGCUGCUCAAGUUGGGAUGCUUUAACAAAAAGAGCAACAUUUAGUUGGCGCCGUAGAGCCAGCGUUUACUCUUAUAAAGGGUAAUCAAAUGACGGAUGCUUACUUAUAGUUGUCUCUGCAUAGUCAGCUGGGAAACAAAGUAUUUAAAACAUUAAAGAAAUGACACACUUCACCUUUAAAUGAGCAGGUAUCAAAUAAUCUGUUACUGUUAAUUAUAGGUUUCCUAGAAUGAUACAAUUGCAGUUACAGCGUGCAUGUCCCUUAUAAACCACUGUAUGUCAAUACAUUAAAACAGAGAUUUGUACAUACUCUUUAUUAGCCAAGUACCUCCAUUAUGACUCAUAGCCUGUGUAUACAUGAAUUUGUAAUAAACUCGUGGGGGAAAAAAGAAGUCUUUGACAUGAAUGCAUACACAUUGCAAUAUGCUGUAUUGCCCUCCAUGAUAGCUGUUGAAUGUGUUCUUAAAGGAAUAGUUCACUCACCCUGAUGUUGUAACAAGCACGUUUGACUUUGUUUCUUCUUCGGAACACAAAAAAUCCAACAACAAAUAUGUAAAUGAAAGCGAAUGGUGACUAAGGCUAGCAUUCUGGCUAACAUCUCCACUAAGGAAACAAGUCAUUCUAAAUGAUGUCAUAAUUCUAAUUCUUUUGGUGGACUGUCCCUUUAAGAAUGAUAUUUAAAGAAUUUUAGAAUUCAUUGAUUUAUAAUCAAUCACAAGGUCUUAUUGGAUGAUACUGAUUCAGGAAAUGUUUUGUAUCCAAACAGGGUAAAUAUUUCUUCAGUAACAUCUAGAAAAGCAACAUCUAGCCAGAAACAUAUGCCAUCAACAGCUCAUGCCUUCCCAGUCCUGUUAUUUUCUAGAAUAAAAUCAUGUUUGCAUAUGAAUCCUCAGUCCAUGCCAAGUCAAGUCAAAUCCAGGUCAUCCAGUGACCUGCAAAUCAAGGCUCUACCUCUCUUAAAGUGUCGACACAUCAAACAACCAACCAGCCAUUCAGUAUGCUGCGGUGACCUUCCAUAAUUCCAUACGUCCAAUUCUUUCAGGUAAAAUAUGAGACAACUAAACAAUAUUUGGUACUAUACUGCCCAACGCCGCUAAAACAAGUAAAUACACCAACACUGAAACUGGAAAAACUAUAUUUUCUCUGAAUCCGAGCAUAGUUUAGUCAAAUCCGUCUAUCACAGGACAUUAGGAAUGGAAACUGAGAACCAGUUCAAUAAAAAAAUCCUGGAGCCGAAUGAUUUUCAUGACACUCGGUUCCAUUAAUAGUCCAGGAACAUGCAUUCUUCCACUACAGCAGAUGCAACACUGAUGAAAAGUGCUGCCAUUCUACCAUACUGAACACACAGCCAGAAAAACACAGCCAGACCACUGUAGUCCAAUUCCCGAACGAAUGACUCUUAUAAGCCGGUUCUUUUGAAUCUUCAGUGUGACCAGUGUAGUGCGGUUCAUGAAAAAAUUAUUCUAAUGAGCCGGUUCUUUUGAAUCAAUGAUGCAAAACAUACUUUGCGACCAGUGUAGUCAGAUUGCCGAACAAAUGACUCUUAUGAGCCGGUUCUUUUGAAUCUACAACGUGAAACACACUGCUUGACCACUGUAGUCCUAUUCCUGAACAAAUGACUCUAAUGAGCCAGUUUUUUUGUUGUUGUUAAAUCUACGAGGCAAAACACACUGCUCAACUUAUGUAGUUCGAUAUCCGAAAGAAUGACUCGUAUAAGCUCGUUCUUUUGAAUCUUCAGUGUGACCAGUGUAGUACAAUUCAUGAACAAAUGACUCUUAUGAGCCGGUUCUUUGAAUCUUCUGCGUGACCAGUGUAGUACAAUUCAUGAACAAAUGACUCUUAUGAGCUGGUUCUUUUGAAUCUACAAUGCUAAACACACAGCUUGACCACUGUGGUCCGAUUCCCGAACAAAUGACUCUUGUGAGCCGGUUCUUUUGAAUCUUCAGUGUGACCAGUGUAGUGCGGUUCACGAACAAAUGACUCUUAUGAGCUGGUUCUUUUGAAUCUACAGCACAAAAUGUACCGUGUAGAGUGUGGUCCAAUUCCUGAAAGAAUGACUCUAAUGAUCCGGUUCUUUAUAGAGAAUUAAAAACGUAUUGAACUGCAGGUUAUUCGUUUCAUCAUGUCAGACUCCAUAUGAACUAUUGGGUGUUAUUUGUACUUAAAGGUUGCAACAAUGCGACUGAUUGGAUGGUUGUAGAUAUGACAAUGUGUAGUUAAAGAAUUAAUAAAAAAGUGUGCAACAUGGGCGUUACUAGGGUUGGAAGAGAUAAGUGGCUUAGCCCCUAUAGAAAUGCACACACAGUAAAUAAAUACAAAAAAGGGGUGGAUAUUUGAAAUUCGUAAAUUCUGCAAUAGGGUAGAGUCCGCAGAUCUGUGGAGAAUUAAUUGUAUCAUUGGUCAUUAGUGUCACACUGAACUAAUCUGCAUUGUACUGAUGAGAAAAGCAUG